CGCUGCCCCGGCAACCGUGCGGGCAGCCCGGGCCUGUUGCUGCGGGGCGGCAGCGCGACCCGAGGCUCCGGCAGGGCCCGGUCCCUUCCGCCUGCCACCGUAAGGCAGCUUUCCUCCUCCUCCACCUCCCGCACAGGGAGACUGUGGCCAUGGAGAAGUACCAAGUGCUGGGCCUGGUGGGAGAAGGUAGCUACGGGAUGGUGACCAAGUGCCGAAACAAGGAGAACGGGCAGAUCGUCGCCGUCAAGAAGUUCCUGGAAAGCGAGGACGAUGCUGUGGUGAGGAAGAUCGCCGUGAGGGAAAUCAAACUGCUGAAGCAACUCAGGCAUGAGAAUCUGGUGAACCUGGUGGAAGUGUAUAAAAAGAAGAAACGGUGGUACCUGGUGUUUGAAUUUGUGGAUCACACGGUGCUUGAUGACCUUGAGGCCUUUCCAAACGGGCUGGACUACAGCAGGGUUCGGAAAUACCUGUUUCAGAUCAUGAGAGGAAUAGCUUUCUGUCACAGCCAUAAUAUAAUACAUCGGGACAUUAAGCCAGAGAACAUCCUGGUUUCCCAGUCAGGAGUUGUCAAGCUGUGUGACUUUGGAUUUGCCCGUACCUUGGCAGCCUCUGGCGAAGCUUACACAGACUACGUGGCAACCCGAUGGUACAGAGCCCCAGAGCUGCUGGUGGGAGACAGCAAGUAUGGCAAAGCUGUGGAUGUGUGGGCUAUUGGCUGUCUGAUAACAGAAAUGCUCACAGGAGAGCCUCUCUUCCCUGGAGACUCAGACAUUGACCAGCUCUACCACAUCACCAAGUGCCUGGGUAAUUUAAUUCCAAGACACCAGGAGUUAUUCUAUAAAAAUCCCCUCUUUUCUGGCAUGAGGUUGCCUGAAGUGAAGGAGGCUGAGUCUCUGGACAAACGAUAUCCCAAGCUACCUGCUGCAGUGCUAGAUUUAGCCAAGAAGUGUUUGCAGAUUGAUCCAGACAAGAGACCAUCCUGUGCUGAGCUCUUGCAGUGUGAUUUAUUUAACAAGGAUGGAUUUGCUGAAAGAUUUACUCAGGAGCUUAAGUUGAAGAUUCAGAAAGAGGCCAGAGACCAUCAGUUACAAAAGAAAUCAAAAAUCAGCAAAGGGGACAAAGAUGGUGUUUUAGAAGAGAGAAAAAUGCUUGCUGUCCAGGACUUCAGCAUCGACCCAAAGAGCAGAGAAACAAAGCCCUUAAAGGUAAAUCGCUCAAAAGCCAAUGCAGAGAAAGCAGACCAAGCCUCCCGCCUGAGCUCCCUCUAUGACAGUGCCAUCAACCCAUUCAAAAUGAGCCCUCAAACCAGCCUCAAAGACUCCAGCAGCAGCUUGGACUAUGCCAAGAACAUUGGCAUAACACUGAUCCCUCCCAUCAACCAGAACUUCUCUCCCACUGCAGUCGGAAUGGGUCAUGUGCCUGGGAACCUUAGUUACAGAGUUGAUGAAAAGAGUAAAAAAUACCUGAACCCAUUUCUAAAGCAACGGAAGCAUUCUCCAGCAGGCCGUUAUAGCGUCAGCUUGACAUCAGUAACUAAUGAAAAAAACAUCCUUCAGGCCAACAGGAAAAAAUGGGAAUUCUCUAAGACAGAUGUGCGUCUGCCAGAGCUAAAUCAUCUUCCUGAACUGAGAGGAGUGGAAGCAUGGCAUCCCAGAUUCCUGAGAAAGGAAAAUAAAACCAUUUUAGAGUCCCGUGUCCCCUCCCUUGCUGCUAUAGACCUCCAUAACCCAAGCUUGACCUCACAGCAGUUACAGUUGUCAGGGACCUUGUUGCCUGAUGCAUUAGAAGACAGCUUCCCCAGGGUUGAGCAUUAGACCUAUGGAGAAUAUCAUACCUGCCUGGGAAAGGUAAAGGUUGCUGCAACAGUAGGGACAACCUGCCUGAGAUUUUCCAGGUGCUAGAGCUGCAAGGUGUCUGCAGGAGAGAGGAGCGUCCCUUGCUCUUGUUGGUGCAGCAGACUGCCAUGGGAAGUGGCUCAGGUCCAGCCUGAGGACAGAGCCUGUGCUGCCAUCGCCGCUGCAUUUCUUGCAUGCACAACACAGCUCCUGAGAUGUUGACUUUCUGGCCUAGGGCCAGGUCUUGUUUGAGGGUGCUUGGAGAAAAAUAGUGGUACGUGGUGUGUGGCAAGGGCAGAAGCUGGUUUGGAGGAUUUGGAAGGAAGUUGGGCUUUGCUUUGUCUAACUGCUGCCCUCAUGAGGGCCUUUUCUUUUUAAAUGAACAGUGGGGAGAGUAGAGAGCUGCUCAAUUUGCAGCUGAGUUGUGGUGGGGGCUGGCUGACCUGUACUGGAAAACACUUUUGCCUUGACAAAAUGUCAGUGAAGAAAAUGUUUGUGCAAGAAAUACAACCUGUAAAUGUUCCCAGCUGUUCCCAGCUGUUCCUUGGACACCCUUGCUAAUGCAAGCAGUGUGACCUCAUGUGAGGUCCCUUUUCCCUCCAUGCUUUCAUCCCCCAGUCUGGGUAGUUGUCUUGCAGGUGUUUAGCUGGGCCUGUUGUCUGGCUGUGCUGGAUGAAGGAAGAAUAUCUGUGUAAAAUGCUGAGCCAGUAGCACUGUGAAUGACUUUGCUGAGUGCUCAGUAGCUCACUGAAGUCAUCAGUCCUUUUAGGUCCCUAAAGGAACCUUGGGGUUCCUUGGGGGGAAAUGAGACACGUGUAAAACUCAGGGGGAGAGAAAAAAUGUCAUUGCUUUUAUCUCAAGACUCUUAGGAGACCUUGAGAGCUGGCUGGACUCAGCUCUGUGGUAUCCCUGUGUCGCUCACAACUCUUCUGCAGCAGCUCAAGGCUGCUGUCACAUCUCACUCCCCCGUGUGAUGUAGUUUUGGAUCUUGUCUUUUCCACAAAACACAGCCUGUCCCAUCCAUGUGCCGUGGCAGAACGCAGGAUGGAUGUCACCAUAUCUCCAGCUCUGUGGCUGUGCUGUGUUUUGACAUGUAUGUUAAAAUCUGUAAAUAAAAGGACAGAUUGCAAA